AUGUCUUCUCCAACCGGCUCUCUUGGCCCCUCUUCUUUAUCGACUUCUUCCAAUGUCUCUCUCAAACUCACACCUUUUCUAAAGACCUUCCUCACCGUCAUUUAUUGGGAACCUAUUAUAUUCGAAAUGUUAUUUGGUUUGGUAGCCAUGCUGUUUUCCAAUAGUCGUUUUGUGCUUGGAUGCCUCAUGCCUCAACCUUUAGUUGAAUUAUUGCUUGUAGGAGGAUCAGCGACUACCACAACUUCUACGACCACCAACAUUGCUGACAUGACCUUAACAACAAAUAAUGAUUUAAGAAAUUUGGUCUUCUUUCAAAUUCGAUUCUCUGGCCUGUUACUGUUUGCUUUUGGAUGCAUUCACCAUUUGAUUUUGAGGCAUUGCUACAAGGAAUUGGCAUUGUCGAACUUGGCUUACAUGGUUGAAAGUGUUUCACUCUUCCAUUGGACCAUCCUUGGAUUAUGUAUUGGUGACCUCCUGAACAUUGGACUUGUUUGGAAUUUUAUUCUUAAAGAUGCCCUCCCAAACGCUUUCAUGUUGGUGGGAGGUGAUAUACUAGGAGCCAAAGCAAGCUUGUGGCCCAUUCUUCAAGUUGUUGUUCUUACUGUACUCUCCUCUGUAUUUUGCAUCCUGCGAAUUUGUUUUUUAUUUACUUAUUCAGGUAAAAUGUUUGGCAUUCGUAGUGGGUUACCCUUAGAAAGUUCUCAGCAACACAUUAGAAGAGUGCAUGUGGAGUAA